UCGAUAAUUACGAUAAUGGAAGCGCGCAAACCUAAUGAUUCGCAGAACGAUCAAAGCGCAGACAGUUCGGGCUUGUCUACUCCAGGGAUCGGAACUCCGGUUCCUUGCUCCAAUAAGUCUGCAGCCACAAAUGCGCGAAAUAUUCAGGAUUACCGGGCCCGACAAGAGCAACCAAGAAGCAGUAAUGGAAAUACUUCCUCGAACUUGGAAUCGUCAACUUCUUCGAGCUCCAGCAGCGAAGUUUCAGUCCGUCAUGAGCGAGGCCGACAGUUGUUUGCUGCGCACGCCCGGGCGCGUCGUGAUGCACAACAACAACAAUCCGCUAGCUUCUCAGCAGCUUCAGCCUGGGACAUGCGUUUACAGUCUCCGUCUCCUCGCGAUCAUUCUGGAUCAUGCAGUUUAAUUCUGGAGUCGCCGGCCCGUGAGAUGUGCACUCCGAUACCUGAUGACGAAGAGCCGUUGCAUGUGUCUUCCCCGUGCAUUGGUGCUGAAAUGGAUGAUGCAUCUAUCGCUACAGGGCGUGCCGAUGGGGAUGAUGUUGAUCUCAACAAAGAAUCUAUCGCUGGUGUAAUGGACAAGGGGCGGCUGUCUUCACGCAGUAGUUCUGCAUCGUGGAAUAUGAAUUUGUCCUCUCCGAUCAGUAACGUGCGCAGGUCGAAACCGCUGGAAAAACCGAUACGCUUAUCUACUCCGUACGUUGAUGCUGGGAUAAAUAAUAUGGAUAGUGGUGCAAAACGUGUGAAAAAGAACAACUGCUCUACCGUGGAUGAAGAAUCUGUCAUCAUGGCACUGGACAGUGAUCUGCCGUCCUUGUCCGAUCGUUCCGCGUCGUUGAGUAUAGGUCUCGCGUCGCCGUCCAGUGAAAACCGCACGUCGAUACUGAACGAAGCACCGUUGCCGAUAUCUUCCCCGUUCGGUGAUGCUAGAAUAAAUAAUCCGCGUAGUAGUUCGAAAUGUACCGAAGAGGAUGAGGUUAGCGACGACGAAGAACCUGCCGCUGGCGAGAAAAUAUUGCCAUCCGCGCCCGAUGAUUCUGGGUCAUCGAGUAUUAAUCUGUCAUCCCCGACUGGCGGAGCGCAGACGUUGACGCCGGAUGGACGAGCGGUACAGGUAUCUUCCCCGUUGGUUAGUGCUAAAAAGAAUAAUGUGGACAGCGGUUCAAAAUAUGCCGAGGAUGGAGAAUCUGCCAUUGAUGUGUUGGAAAAUGUGUCACCGUCCUCGUCUGAUCAUUCUGCUUCGUCCAAUAUAAGUCUGGCGUCGCCGGCCAAUGGAAAACCGUCGCCGGCCAGUGGGAAGGCGUCACCCGCCAGUAGAAAGCCAUCACUUGCCAGUGGAAAGCCUUCACCAUCCGGUGGAAAGCCAUCACUUGCCAGUGGAAAGCCUUCACCAGCCAGUAGAAAGCCAUCACUUGCCAGUGGAAAGCCUUCACCAUCCGGUGGAAAGCCGUCACUUGCCAGUGGAAAGCCUUCACCAUCCGGUGGAAAGCCAUCACUUGCCAGUGGAAAGCCUUCACCCGCCAGUAGAAAGCCAUCAUUUGCCAGUGGAAAGCCAUCACCCGCCUGCGCAAAGCCGGCGCCGGCCAGUGAGAAGUCUGCACCAGCCAGUAGAAAGUCGUCACUGGUCAGUGGAAGCUCUGGAAAGCAGUCACUGGCCAGAGGAAAGCCGUCGCCGGCCACGGGAAAGCUCGCGUUUAUACCGAAUGAAAUACCGUGGCAGAUAUCGUCCCGGCUUAUUGAUGCUGAAAUGGAAGAUGUGGGUAGCGAAUCCCAUUGCACCGAGGAGGAUAAUGUUUCGAGCGAAGAUGAAGAAUCUGCCGGUGGUGCACUGGACAAUGUGACGCCGUCCGGAGGAAAGCACUCGUUGUUAGCGGCGCAGUUGUCUUCCCCAUUCGUUGAUGUUGAAAUGGAACAUGUGAAUAGCGGUUCAAAAUACGCCGAGGAGGAUGACGGCCUCAGUGAGGAUGACGACUCUACCAAUGGUAUAUUGGACAGUGUGCCACCGUCUUCGUCCGACGAUUCUACGUCGUCCAGCAUGAAUGCGGUGCUGACAGCCAGUGGGAAGCGCACCUCAUUAUCGGAGGAAGUUCCGGCGCCAUUGUCUUCCCCUUAUAUUGGUGCAAUAGAUGGAACGGAUAUCGGUGUGAAAUAUGCCGCAGAGAAUAGUGUUUUUAGCGAGGAUCAAGAAUCUGUCCUGGGUGCACUGGAUAGGCUGCCACUACCACCGUUAUGGUUCUGCAACGUUCCGUUGUUUGUCUGCUUGGUAAAACGUCGCCUGAAUGAUGAAAAGCUGGCACUGGAAGGGUUUACCAAGAUCAUCUACGAAUGUGCAUCACGAGUAAUUUUCCCCAGUGCAAUGGAGGUUGAGGAAAAUGAACGAUUUCUGCAUAAAUGUUCCGGUUAUAAACCCGCAGACUUGUACAACAUGUGCGCAAGAUUUCUUAUCAACAAAAAUAGCCCGUUGGAGUACUAUAAACUUUUGAGCGAUAUGUGCCCCUAUCCAUUGCUUCUUGAGCGUCUGGUGAAAGUUUAUCGUGGAGGCAGUAACCGACCAGCAAGCUUGCUCAGCUUUACAGAAUAGAACUAAUUCUUUGGGAAGUUGAUCCGGAUCGGAGGGUAUUGACUUAUUGGUCAGUCGGCUUAUUUGAUUCGUAUAAGAAAGUGACAGAUCUUUGGUUGGGAUAGCCUUUGACGUAUUUGGGCGAUUAAAUUUGAACUAGAGUAACUUGGUUGCUUUGCCCCAGUUCAUUUGGUUUCUGCGUUGUUUGGAUUGCUCGUUGUAGUAUCCUUUUUCUUAACGGCUUCGAAUUGAUAACUUAAAAAUUUCGUAGUGUCCCAUACGUCUCGCAGUUGCUGGAUGUCGGGAUCGUUUCCGCCGGUUUCCUUUGAUAAUUCUUCCAGCAUUUGCUAUUAUUAAGUUUUAGAGAUUGAUUGUUCUGUCGCUUCAUAAAAAUAAAUCUUCAUUGCAGUAAGACAACGUAAAUUGGCUGUACAUGUAUAGUUAGUUGUACCGCUUACUUCCAGAUCGCCGCUUACGCUGCCCUGCAUCGUGUGGCUUGGAGCAUUUGGAUCAUUUCUGAGCUGCAGUAUUAACCACGCUGUUAAGAGUAAAUACUUGGAGUUUUGUGUAUUAAUUUUCGACAACACCGGCAAUAAAUUUAUUUGUCAGUAAAUAAAUUGCUGGAUCAGUUUCAAAUU